AUGGCUUCCAAGCCUCCGGUACCCGCAAUUUCUCUGAAGGACUUCGAGGCUAGAAAGGAGCAAAUCACCAAAGAGCUUGUUGAGGCUGCUGAAACGGCUGGAUUCUUUACACUAGUCGACCAUGGCAUUACCAUUGAGGAGAUAGAAAGCCAGUUCGCGCUCUCUCGGAAGUUUUUUGAUCUUCCUCAGGAAAUCAAGGCCAGAAUUCCUCACGAUAUUCGGACGAAUAAUGGGUGGGAGUAUAAGAUGCGCAUGAUUCACUACAUGGCCUCCGAAAAUGCUGUGGGUACUUGGCGAGCUGGCAAUCACACUGACAUUGGAUGCCUCACGCUUCUUUUCCAAAGAGAUGGAGAAGAUGGUCUAGAAAUCUGCCCAGGACGCGAAAGUCACAAUGACUUCGCUAUCGGCGAUACCUUCACCCCUCUUCCUGCGGAAACCGGCCCAAUAGUUGUCAACAUUGGUGAUAUGCUUAUGGCAUGGUCCGAUGACCGCCUCAAGGCCAACUUCCAUCGAGUUCGUGCCAAGGACAUCGGCAAAAGCCCGGAUCGGUACUCUAUUGCAUAUUUCAACACUGGACGGAAGAAUGUGGUUAUGCAAGGACCAUUGAAGAAGUAG